GUUGUAUAAAGAUAUCUCCUCCUCCUUCUUCUUCUUCUUCUUUUCUCUUUUAAGCUAUAAAUCUUUUCAGAUAAAUAAAUUCUUGAAUAUUAUUUCUAAUCUUUUGUUUAUUGGAUAUACAUCAUAUUAUAUCAUGGUAUCUUUAACAAAAUCAGCUAUUGUUACAAAGAAAACAAAUGCUGAAGACGAUUUCGAAUCUCAACAAAAGCGUAAUGUUCGUCAACCUGAGGUUUGUGUUGAUUAUCUUUCUUAUAAAUUUGAUGAAAUGGAUUUAGCUGCUUCCUGGAGAGUCAUGACAAAACAAAAGAAUGAUGUUGUCGAUGGAAUACGUUUAGAGAAUGCCUCAUGGAGAACUUGGGCAAAGCAAAGAAAUAAUUUGAAAACGAUUAGUCCACAAACCUUAAACUGGUUAAAAGAGAGUGAUGUUACAUGGCUGUAUGGUCCUUUACAUACAGUGAUUCGACAUGAAGAAGACCGUUUUUUAACCUCAAAAGAAUCUACAACUGAAGAAACAUUAGGAUUAAUGUUAUCUGAUAAAGGAAAUAUUUUAAAGAAAGUAACUCAAGUCGAUCUAUUAAAAAGAUCAGCGACUGAGUUAUUAAAUACAAAUCAUCCUCUUUCUGCUGCCGCUGUAAAAAAUCAUAGAAAAAUCUCUAUUUCUGAUGUUAAUAAUCAACUUAAAGCGAUAUCCCCUGUUGUAUUAGCAACUCAUCGUCAACCAAAAUUAAGAUUUAAUCAUAAAGUAGAACAAUGUAUAGCAUUAGUUAUUGAUGAAGAAGACAGAGCUCAAGAUGAUGUAUACGAUGAUUUACUAGAUGAUGUCUAUAGUGAUGGCAAUGAAGAUGAUACAGAUCAUAUAGUCACAAAACAUAUUCAUUACUCUCCAUCUUAUUAUAGUAUAGUCACUGGUAAUUCAUCUUUAGUAACAAGAAAAUCAAUAAAGAAAAUUGCUCCUGCUCGUCUUAAAAAAUCAUCACAAUCAGAUAUGGAUACAGACGAUGUAUCUUCCAUUUCAUCUACCUCAACUGCUUCUUCUAUUGGACUUAUCACACAUUCACCGGCUGCAACUUCACCUGUUGUAUAUAAUAAUCGUCUAAUGGAUGACCAUUUAAUAAUAAUAGAAGAUGAUGUCGAGUUAGUAGAAGAGAAUAAUAAUUCAAAUUCAGAUCAAGAAGAACAGCCUAAAGAUAGUCAUCCUCAUAAAAGACCUACUUUCAUUCGACCUUCUUCCUCAGUGACUUGUUCUAUUCCACAAACAUAUAAAGAAAAAUCAAAUAUUGCUGAACCAGCACUAGUCACGAUGCAUCAAACAGCAACAGAAAUAAAUAAGUCCAAUGAAGAAAAGAAUCAUCGAAAUAACAAUUUUACAUUAUUUAAUCAAAUCGCUAAUUGGGCAGCCUCCUAUUUAUUACCUGCUUCCACUAAUAAACCAUCAAAUCCAGCGCUCAAAUUCAUUGAUAAAAUGGUAGUCAAAGAUGUAUUGAAUGACCUCAAUCACGGUGGAUAACCAACUAAAUUGUCAUAAAUUGAUAUCUGAAAGAAAUACUUUAAGUCUAUUUAUAUAUGAGCUAAAUAUAAAUUAAAAAAGACAACAUUUGCUUUAUAUUUCAGUUGUCAUGUUUCUAUAAAUAUCCAAC